AUGUCCAUUGAGUUGGUGAUGCCAUCCAACCAUCUCAUCCUCUGUUGUCCCCUUCUCCUCCUGCCCUCAAUCUUUCCCAGCAUCAGGGUCUUUUCUAAUGAGCUGGCUCUUCACAUCAGGUGGCCUAAGUACUGGAGCUUCAGCUUCAGCAUCAGUCCUUCCAAUGAAUAUUUUGGAUUGACUUCCUUUAGGAUUGACUGGUUUCAUCUCCUUGCUGUCCAAGGUACUCUCAAGAGUCUUCUCCAACACCACAGUUCAAAAGCAUCAUUCUUCCACACUCAAUCAAAUCUUCCACUCUCACAUCUGUUCAUGACUACUAGAAAAACCACAGCUUUGACCAUACGGAAUUUUGUCAGCAAAGCAGUAUCUUUGCUUUUUAAUACACUGUCUAGGUUUGUCAUAGCUUUUCUUCCAAGGUGCAAGCGUGUUUAA